GAGCGCGCGGUGACUCAAUCCGCCGGCGCAGCCUACCACUACGCAUGCGCAACACGCUUUUAUCACAUUCACCGCGUGUUUCACGCCGCUGGCCCCCGCGCAAUUGACACUUUUAUCACUUGCGCGAUGUGUAUUACACUGCAUUAUUCCAAACGCAAGAUACACUGAUAACAUACAAGCAUGCACGCGCGCGCGGAAUGUGAUAAGUGAUAUGUCAUCAAGUCGGUCAAGAUUAAAGGAGCGCAAUUAAAGUGUGUAAACGUGUGUGUUGUGUGUUCGUAAACGUGGUGGAAUGUCGACGCGGACGGGGUGCGCGCGUGUGGAUUUCAGUGUGUUUGUCGGUGCUGUUUGAGAAGAUCAAGUGCACGCCGUUUUAUUUAUGUGUCUGCUGCGCUGCCCGAAAAUGCUGGCAUCGGCGACCGGAUGAAAAUAAUAUGACAACAAACUAAAUAUAAACAGCGGGGAGACACACGCACACAUUCACACAUACACCUAUACAGAGAGAAGUUGUGUGCAUCCUGCCAAAUAAGUUUCAAGAUCAUAAUAACGUGCACAAUAAUGAAUUCGUGUGUUAUCAGUAUUGCGUAGGUCGAACAUUUACUAUGCAUCGAUUAUGACGCGCUGCGAUCGUGAGGAGAUGAACACCGCCGAGGAGACGAAUGAGAAAAAGUCACCGCGGAAUUUCCAGCGUAGUUUCAGCUGUAACUAUGGCUCAGCCGAGCAGUUGCCGGAUUUGACGCACUUGCUGCGUGAUUCGGACAAAUGGCGAGAUCCAGCGGAAGUGAAUUGUUUUCUUAAAAACUGCGAAUGUACGCCGCGCAGCGCGAAAACACGAAAAAUUAGUUUUGUGCGGUUUGAAGAUGAAGUUAAUUCAAAUUCAACCAAUACUUCAUCAUUAGAUACACCUACAAGUGAAGAUACAUCUCCUUCAUCGAUAGAUGGCGUUGGUGAUGUGCAAGAUGGCGCUUCCGACGCGCUAUACUCCCUCAAAGAAGAAGAUUUGGAUGAAAAUGAAAAUGCAUACCAAAUUAGAGAAACUGUUAUACAUUUAUAUGAAAAACGCAAUGAAAACAACAACAAACCGGAUGUUAUUCAACCAAAACCGAAAUCGGACGAAGAUGAAAAGAAUAAACGCAACUUUUUCAAAUCGAUCUUUUCCCGGUCGUCAUCAUCACCAAAACUACAAAAAUCCACAUCUGUUAUUGAUGUGUCACCGGGAGCCACGCCUUCAACACCAAAACGUCAAAAUUCUUUCCUAAAGAAAACACUAGAUGGCGCUACUAAACUAAGACGCAGCCUAAGCGUGCGUAAGUUGAGUACUGUCGGUGAUAAAGUGCAGAAAUCACGCGAGACUCUCACAGAUGUGAAAAAUCGCGAGUGGGCCGCCAGUUUACAAUCACUGGUUGAAACUGACAUCGGUGUUUCUUACAAUGAUUUAUCCUUUGUUGAUUAUGAUAGAAACGGUGAUAGUUUGAACUAUGACAAGUAUCUCUCAACAUGGUCACGGCACGGGCAUGAUCUUUUGCCGUUAGAUGGCGCUGAUGAUGUGCUAUCUAGUAAUAAGUGUAUAUAUCGCACACAGAGCAUGAUAGUCAAUAAAGGUAACACGCCGCAUUUUGUGCGUCAUAAAUCAGUUUCGAGUAUAACAAACUGGAGAAAUCAAUCAAAUGCACGACGCCCUCUGGUGGAGGAUAGCGUUGAGCGUGAAUUAGGAAAGCUUGGUGCUGUGGAUGAUGAUGUGGAUAAUCAUGCAAAAAGUUUACCGUGUUUAGUGCACAAGCGCAGUAAGAAGGAUCGUAAACUAAGGGGGCGGAGUCUACCGUAUACGCAUGUCUAUCAGGAUGAGUGUUUUAAUAUUGAGGAAUGGCCGAUGGGAGAAAAUGAACGCCAAGAGACUGAUGAAUUAUCCCUGAGUUCUUCAAGCAUUCCGGAAGUUAAGGAACGAGAUAAUUCUGCAACUCGUACAACGAUUAAAUUACGAAGGCAAAAUGCAUGCAGGCAAAAAACCAGUCCGAAUCUAAUACAUCAAUGCAUACAUAAUCCGAAUUUAUUGAAUCAAAUUGAAUGUGGGGUGGCAAGUUCGCGGAACGGACAGUCAUCGCGACAAUUUCAAUUUCCAUCCGCCGCCACCAACGCGAAUCAAAUUGUGCGACACGCGAGUGCAUCGAUGCGCGCCGCAGCGCCUGACGACGGCGAGCAGCGCUGCCGAUCCCUGGAUCUGCUCGUUGAAUCAUCACAGGACGUCGCCGGUGGUAAUUCAGUCGUGGAGCAGCUUGAUACAUCGGCAAGCCAACCAGACGGCGUGAGGACCUUCACGGAUGGCAGGAGGGAAAUUACAACCGUGCGUUCACGAAGUUUAAACCACUUGGACACGUUGGAAAUGCGUCAGGGUAGCGCACCGCCGGCGAGUACAAUGGCCGCCACCGCCGCCCCCAGUUGUAGUCCUAGCCCAGAGGCUCAAGGGCAUUUGAAGGACGCAAAGUCUGAGUCGGAUUGUGCUGCUGUUACUACAAGACCUUUACUGGCACCUCCUGAACAAGUGCCGGCGAGUGUUUCACCGCCGACUGCGUCGCCAUCUCCUACGUAUCGACGGCAUAUGUUGAGUCGAUCGCAGAAAUCAAGCAGUGAAUGCUUCAGUGUCAAUUUUGAGGUCGGCGAUGAGUCUACGUACGAUACGGAGUUGUUUUUUCCUGCUGCCAGAGGUGUCACAUUGCAUGAAUCUUUAACAAAACUUUGUGAACUGCGAAAUAUUGAAUUAUCCACAUGCGACGUAUGGCUAUGUGAUCGCGAGUCCAACGUGCAAUCCUGGCUCUCCCUCUCACAGGAUACCGCCUGUCUGGUCGGUAAACACGUUAAGGUCACCGCCAAAGAUGGCCGCACCAGCGGCAAGCAUCUAUCGCACGCCGGCCAAUUUCAACCCCAAUUAUCACUGCAACAUCCUCAGCAAGCCAAGGAGACGCAUUAUUUUUCGCAUUCGCGAAAACUAUCAGGCAAUUUCCGGCCGCGCACGACGAGUUUCUUCAGCUCCAGCACUGAAGAAUGCAGCACCGGCGAUUACGACGGGAAUAAAAAGGUGAGCAAACAGCGGUGGUCGACCAACCUCUUUGGCAACAGCAAGGAGGGCAAGCAAUCGAUGGAGCAGCUCAUCGAACAUCUCAACCACUAUUCCCGCUACGGCGUACCACGCGCGCAGAACUACACCCUCUCUCGAUCUGAUUCACACGAAGCACUCAAUAAACUCGAGGACGAUUGGCGUGAAAUAAUCGAAAUCACCGAAUUAACUGAUAAGCAACAAAAACAACAAAUAGCACUCUGGGAGUUAAUAAAAACCGAAGUAGCUUACAUCAAAACCCUCAAAGUGGUCACCGACUUGUUUCUCGCGUGCCUCAUCAACCUGCAAGCGUCGAAUAUCCUCCGCGACAUCGACACCAACAAACUUUUCUCCAACAUCAGCGAUAUCCUCGACGCAAACGUCCAAUUCUGGCGCAAUUACCUCUUCCCGCUGGUGAAAGAUAUGCGCGCGCAUCGGAAACCGCCAUGUUUGGAAACAAUGUGCGAUGGUUUCCUCAAACUGAAGGACUGCUUCCAUGCUUACUAUCGCUUCUGCGGCGAACAGUCGCGGUGUCAACACUAUUGUCGCGAGAACUUGUCGCAUAAUGAAUUGUUCACUGCGUAUCUGGCGUGGUGCGAGACGCAGAAGGAGUGCAAUCGACUGAGACUAAUGGAUAUCCUGGUUCAGCCAAUGCAGAGGCUCACCAAGUAUGGGUUACUGCUGAAAGCUAUCUUGAGGAAUACCGAUGAUGAUAUUGACAGGGAUAACUUAAACAUUAUGAUUCGAUCUGUUGAUGAUUUUGUCAAUAAUGUGAACUUUAGUUUGAAGCAGAAGCAGGAUAAUGAGAGGCUUAAGGGUAUUAUUGCAAGGAUUGAAAGUUAUGAUAUUGUGGAAACAAAAGAUGAUGAUUUGGAAAAACUAGUGAAAAACUACAACCAACUUGAUCUUACCAAACCAAUGCUUGGUUGUCCAUUAGAACGAAGACGACAUUUAUUGUUAGAAGGCGAUUUGAAGUUUAAAGAUAGCAAUACGUCAAAGAUGGAAGUUCAUUGUUUUCUUCUUACGGACAUGCUAUUGGUCUGUAAACAAUCAACGAAGAAAGGUGGCGCUACAAUGCGUGUAAUCCGCAUGCCCUACCUCAUCGAUAAAUUAGUUGUGACGGAGAUAAACAAAGAAACUCCUACGCUUGCGUGCGUGUAUAAAAACGAACUUGACAUGGCCAUCGGCGCUUUUCUUCUGCAAAACAGCGACGCGAAGAAACUCAAAAGUUGGAAGGAGGGUAUCUGCAAAGCGCAAACGCUCUACUCCCAAGCCAAAAUCAGUUUCAUGCCUUCCACUGAACCAGCUGAAAGCGUCGAAACUGAUUAUAGUUUUGAAUAUGUCCCUGAAAAUGAUUACCAUUUCUGCCUGCAAGCACCACGCUCCCCGCUUGCUUCAUCAAGCCGUGCGUCAAGAGUAUCAUCUCUUGCGCAUAGUCACAGCGGGUCGGUAGAAAUGAAUGACCAAUCCUCGUUGGGAUCAUGUAAAGCUGUGUCUGUCGAAAACGAAAACCGCACCGCGUCGAUAUCUAGCGAUGAAGGUGUGCAACCAUUACCGGCGGAUCAAAAAUCACCUUCGGGUGGCACCAGCGCAAAGAAUUCUUUUAAAGGCCAUCGAAUUUUUACCAAAACUCCGAAUACUCUAUCGGUGCAACCCACCUACGCUCACCACUUGGGUCAAUCGCUGCCCAAUCUGGCGCUGGGCUCGCCCAACACUUUAAGCAAUAACACCCUCUCCGUACCAAGCACCAGCAAGAAUGGGCAUUUGUUAAGUCCGACGCAUCGUGGUAUAUCUUAUCCGCCGCCAUCGCCGACACGAGGGAAUCUAAGGCGGGGAAUGGCGAUCAACCAAAGUAAAAAUCCGCCAUUGAUUAAAACACGUCACGUGACUUCCGCUUGUGCUAGCACGACAACAGGGGGUGAAUUUGAUGUACCAGUGAUAGCAGGUGUUAGUCCUGAGGACGGGAAGGAUUUUGGCGAUUUCAGCCGCGGUCAUCAUCGACAAGCAAUGAAGCGUGCACAUCGUAGUGAUAACCGACGUUAUCACACUGCCGGCACCGUUGAUGAUAUAAAAAAAGAAGAAGCGUCAACCAGUGGAAUACAAAAACGGUCCUCCUGGAAUUGCUCCUCUAGCACGACGGCAUCUACAAAUCAAGAUGGCAACACCUAGCAUCCCCUAAACAACGACUUUGAUGCGUCUGGUUUUCUCAUCGCUACACUGCUAGUGGUCACGCUGGCAUUGUACUACCCCAUGGUCUAAUGGCGUAUGAUUCUUCAUUUUUACGUCUUCCUGCGCCACUAUAUAUUUAUAUAGAGUUUUAAACACAUAGAGGACCAACCACCAAAAAACCCACAAACAAAAUUUGAAGCGACGAGUGAACGAUGACAAUUUUUUCGAGUUUUGCGUCACGCGCUCCGCUGGUUUUGUUUGAUAUUAUACAAUGUAUCUUGUAAAUAUUUUGAGGAGAAGCGACGCGAAUUGUAACUUUUGGUGCGUCGCGUUUUCCGAGCAAAGCGCAAACAUUCCACACAAUAAUCUAAUGAAAAGAAAGGAACAAAUACACCGACACUAAACAAAAGAGGUAUUAAACACACACACGAAUGAAUAUAUAAUGAAUAUAAUAACGAUAACAGGCCUAAUUUUUGAUACAAAUUGGAACAAAGUAAGCAAAUGGAAUAUUAUAAGCCAUACUUAUACUCUAAGAAUAGGUAUAUACAACCAACCAUACACAUACAUACAUAUUUUCGAAGCAAACCAAACGAAACAUUGGAACAAUUUGUAAGUUUUAACUUUUAAGCUGUGUAUAAAGAAGAAAAACACACAUGAAAAAGCGUAGUAUUCUACUUACUAAAUAAAAACAGAGCAGAGAGUAAUUAUUAUCGACAACCGUAGCAGAUGUCAACGAAUAUUUUAUGGCUUAGAUGGCUUCUUAGCGAUGAUACAAACGCGAAACUAUUAUAUAGAAUGGUAUUUUGUGAUUUUGAUGAAAAAAAAGACAUUGCAACAAUAUAUAUUGAACGUGAUACAAUGAAAGAAACACGAACAUAUAUGCGAUAAUUACUAGAUUUAAUUUAAUUUAACAUAAUCAUAAUGAGAAUAUGAGAUAGAGAAAGGGAGGGAGACAGGGGAAAGAAUUUAAUUUAUUUUUGUUAUUGCUCCAUUAUUUUACUACAAUUCUUUAUUUGUAAUGUGGUUGUGUGUUGCAGCCAGGACGUCCGAGAAUAUUAAGAACUUUGUAAAAAAUGAGAGAAUAUUUAUUGAUUUGUAUGUUAAGCAUUAUGAUUAUUCAAAUAGAAGUGAUAUCAAGCAUUAAA